AAAAAUAAAACACCUCAAACCUCGCCCUAUCUCCUCCCCACCCCCACAAAUAAACGCGGGGAAGGCGGACACAUAUUUUAAUUUUUUAAAAGAUAAAUACGUUAACAAUUAUCGACGGGUCAGGGGGUCGUCGCCAUGGUAACCGUCACCAAAGCUUGACGAUUUUAUUAAUUUCUGGACCGGGGGCACAAAGGUUCAUUCCGCUAUUUGUUUGUUGAAAGUAAAUUAACGGAGACCGGUAUUUCAACAAAAUGCCUCAAAAAGUUCUCAAGUGUGUUAUUCAGCUUGAAAUCCACGCGGUAACCUGUCCUGGUGUGAUGUUGCCGAGGAAAGAUGAAGUCUAUAUCAAUAUUUGUAUGCUUGGUCAGUACUGGAAAACAAAAUGUUUUAUGCCAGUAUUCCCACUUCUUAUUCACGAAAGUCUGCAAUUUGAAAAGGUGUUUGGAAGAGAUGUUGUUGAUCCUGCAGAUGUUGCUGCCUUCUUGGAAUGUGACACUACUAAGUUUGAACUGAUGCAGUACAGUCCUUCAGUGGAUGAAAUCUUAGCAAACUAUGAAGACAAUACUAGAAAUUUCUUGUUCCCCGAGCCAAAGUUAACGCCCUCAUAUCCUGGAGUGGAUAGAGAAGCGCUGAUGAAAAGAUGUUCACCAGCUUUUUUAAUUGCACCAAAAUUGGAGUUCUCUACAACAACAACAAUUACAGAGUGCUGCCCUAGAUCACCAAAGAAGGUUUCUUCUAGUUUAUGCCUGUCAGAAAGUGGAAGAAAGGAAAAUCAAUUCAGAAGACCAAGGUGUGCAAAAUCAUUUAACCUGAUAGGAAAAUCAUGUAGUGAAAAGAAAUCUGUAAAGGAACACAAGAAGCCAGCAACAGCAGUCAGAUCACGAUCACUUUCUCCAUACUGUAGAAAGUGUUUACUUGAGCUCUGUUCAGAUGAUGGACAACAUUCAUCUCCAUGCAAGUCAGAUUCCAUUAGCAGGACUUCGUUUACAAAUCAUUCUCGUGACAGAAAUCAGUGCGAGAAAAAACAUUCAUCUUCACUAUCCUGCUCAUCAUUUAACAGAAGUGCAAAGCCCAGGCCACGGACUGCUUCUCCAUCAAUCUAUCAUAAUGAUAGUUGCAGAUCACGAUACAAUAUAGGGAAGAGUUUUGAUGUUCGAGAACCUGUUAGUUGGGAUGAGCUGUCUAGUGAAGCAGAGGAACUUAUUAGUUAUCCACUAAAGGCAACUACUCGAGAUAAUCCAAAUGAUCCAUACUCAUCUUCUGUUUGUUCACGGAGAAAACCACCAUGUAAUCCAAACAGGUUGUAUUUUGAUCCAGUGAGCCACCCUGCCUGGGACAGAAUUCAUGAGCGAGUCCAGAAUCUCCUAGCGAGUAUUGAUGCACAGGAAAGAGCCUCAGCGAGGAAUAUUAGUUUCACCUGCCCACCAUGCUCCUAGGACCACACAAGUGAAAAAGCAACUUUUUUUAAUGAGUACCGUAUAUGCAACAGAUCUUCCUGAAUUCUACUGGUGCAGCAAAACAUGGACAAAUAAAGCAAGAAUAAAUUUGUCACCAAUGUGUAAUGUAAUUCUCGUAUCUGCUGCUAUUUAAUUAUUCUGACAUAACUUGUGCUGUCAUGUAAGGAGCAUCACAGUUUAUUUGUGCACUAUAUUGUAGUUGAAUAAUGUGCUUUUUUAUGAAAUGGAUUCUUUAACAGAAUUUUGCUGUGCUGCAAUUAAUUACUUACAAAUGAAGCAAUGUGCAGCUUUUGGAAAUGCAAUUUAAUGAUGCAGCAACACGGAAGAAAAUUGUUUCAUGUCCUCGAAAGGCCCAGUUACUGAUUAAUGUCAAUUAAUAUAAGACAAUAGACGAAACUAGCAGUAGAUUGUCAGCUCAGCACUGUUUAAGGGGCCACUCAAUACAAAGUCGUUUCCAACUAAAUGAUUUGCUGAUUUAAUGUGCUUGGUUUAAUGCAUAGCUUUUCUUUUUCGGCAGUUCUCCUUAACACAAGGGCAUGCAUUCCAUGCUUAUUUAUAGUCUGUCAGAUAGGAAUGGUAUGGGUAGCUCAUUUAAUUCCUAUCAGUAUCAAUAGCUAAGAAUAUCUCUUUCUUGGUCCUGAAGUAAUUUAUAACAUCUGCAGUAAGCUGAAAAGCUGACUAUCCAAUUUCUGUUAUCUCGGUCCUAAUUUUGCUAUGAGUAUUGUACCACAAGGCUAAAUUAUGAAAUUUAUAAACAAUAUUAUUUUAAAUAUCCAUUACUGGCUAGGUUCAUUUAGUUAGGAUGUAAUAUCAAAGGAUGUCAUCUCUUUCCCCUUUACCCAUUUUUUUAAAAAGGUGCUAUUAGUAGAGUACCAAAUAGUUUAUUCAAAUAUUUCUUUGAUAUUUUUUCAUAUGCUGAAACUGGUGUUACAUUUUCUAGGUGUUACCAUGUGUCAGAGUUGGAAAGUGCAUGCUAAAUUAGAAGUCAACGCAAUUACUAAAACACUGUGUUAAGUACUGAUGUUAUAAGUCGAAAUGCAAGAACAACCUCAGAGGGGUGCAGAGAAAAAUGGACUAGAGAUACAUGCUGAGAAUCUGAACCUGAUAUGUGCUUAGACCCAAUGGUACUGUAGUGUUGCAAACACCAGCUCAUCCCAUUAUCCAGGGCAUUAACCUGAGUUGGCUAUUCUUCUGUUGUGAAACUGAGAUCUUGUACAUAACUCAUGAGAAAAUAUCUUAAAAACUUCUGAUAUUGGAUAAUACGAAUUUAAUAAGGUACAUAAUACCAUAAUUUUCUGCUUAAAUUUUGUAAUCCAUUAUAUGUGCUGAUUUAGUUCUUGCUUUCUUUACUCUUGUUGGAAUGUGUGCAAGAGAAAUCACAGCAUCAGAGUUCUUAAAAUGAUUAGCUUUUUGUAAUCUUUCUUAAAAAAAAAAAAUUUUUAAAUUGCAGCUGAUGUUUACACCCAGGGAGGAAUGUGGUCUCUUAGUGGCUGGUCCAUUCAGAAAAAUCAACAAGAAGGCUCACUUUAACAGUUAGAUCACAAUAGAAUAGUAUUGAUUAACCAAACUAGUUGGGAAACUGACUGGAUGGGGUUGAGUGUUAAAACAGAGUGGCACAGAGGUGGCCAUUUGGAACCCAGGAGAAUAGUUCUUUGUGUGAUACAGGUGGGUCAGUGGGCUUCAGAAGGGGUAUCUAGUGAGCCAGGAAGGCCUGUGCUUUCCUUGUAGGACAGGUCAUCCCACCAUGCAAGGAAAUCGAUAGAUUAUUAACACUUGCCCAGAUUUGCAUGGCCCUGGUUUGUUUUACCUCAGCAUGUUGCCUGACUCAGACCUCCGGUUUAAAAGAAUGUGCAGUCAGGGCACGGGUAAUGACGUUAACACCUGACCUGAGUCUUGAAAUUGGAAUUUACUAGCUUCUAGUACAUACCCUUACUCCUUGGAAUUUAGAAUCACCAUUGGCCAGACUCCAGUGUGAUGCAAGUGAGCCACUCCCUCGGAAUUUUAAUUGUCCUUUGCCCAUUUUUUGCCAGAUGUGUGGGAUAAACUUUAAUUUAAAAGGUACAUUUAUUCUAAAAAGGACCUCAAUUAAAGUAUACUGUACAAGCUGAAGAAAGAUUGCUGUAGGUCAGCAGACUGUGGUACCCAUGUGCAGACUAGCCACCAACCAAUAAAUCAAAGCAACAGCCUCUGCAUCCUGUAGGACAACAAAGAGUCUUUUGCUAAACUUGGCUAUUUGGUAUAGGCAAAUACCAGUUUAGGAUUUUACUUUCUUUGAUUUUAAUAUUUGUUGAUUCUGCUAACAAUUGUGUUCCUUAUAAAUAAAGAUCUAUAUUUUUAUCUUUCCCAUUAUAUUUCUGCAACUUCUCAAAGUAUCGAAGAUCAACAAUUUCUUAUACACCCCCAGAGGUGUUAUCACUAGACUGAUAAUCCAGAAACACAGCUAAAUGUUCUGGGGACCUGGCUC